AUGAGUUUCUUUAGCCACUCUUCCAAACCAGGCUCUUGCUCCUUCAGAGGACCGGUGAGAACAUCUGGCAGUGGAUCACACGGCUUAAGUGCUGGUUCUGGUGGAAGGGUCUUUGGUGGAAGCUCCAGCAGUGGUGGCGGCAGUGGUGCAUGGGGUUCUGGUGGAGGCAUGUGCAAUGUCAGUAGGGCAUCUGGAGGUCAAGGGAGAUGGAGUUCUGAUGGCCCAGCGUCCCACGCUGGUGGGUCCUGGGGCUCGAGUGCUGGAUGGGGUGUGCCUGGAUGUGGCUCGACAGGAGGCUUUAAUGGAUUUGGCGGUGGAGAGAGUGGCUUUCUUUUGGGCGAUGACAAGCAAACCAUGCAAAACCUUAAUGACCGCCUGGCCACCUACCUGGGCAAAGUGCAUGCUCUCGAGGAGGCGAACACUGACCUUGAGGAGAAAAUCGCAGAAUGGUACAAGAAGUUGGGACAAGGAACCAAUGAUGGAGGGUCAAGCGAUUACAGCAAAUAUUACACCAUCAUUGAGGACCUCAGGAAACAGAUAAUUAGUGCAGUUACAGAAAAUGGAAACGUCAUUUUGCAGAUUGAUAAUGCAAGGCUGGCCGGCACCGACUUCCAACACAAGUAUGAAAAUGAAAUGUCCCUCCGCCAGAGUGCCGAAGCUGACAUUAAUGGCCUGCGUAGGGUCCUUGAUGAAAUGACCAUGACCCGGAGUGAUCUGGAAAUGCAGAUUGAAAACCUGACUGAGGAACUGCAAUAUAUUAAGAAGAAUCAUGAGGAGGAUAUGGAUUCUGUGGUGGACGGCACUGCUGGAGAUAUAGAUGUAAAGGUCAAUGCUGUACCUGGAGCUGACCUGACCAGUCUUCUCAGCAAGAUGAGAGCUGAAUAUGAGGCCAUUGCUGAGGAGAACCGAAAAGACAUCGAAAUGUGGUUCAACGAACAGAGCCGAGAACUGGACAAGCAGAUCAGCAGCAGCACCGAGGAGACCAGCACAAACAAGAGCGAGAUUACAGAACUGAGACGAAGUCUGCAAAACCUGGAGAUCGAUCUGCAAUCACAAUUGUCUCUGAAACAAUCUCUUGAGGCCACACUAGCAGACGUCGAAGGUCAAUAUUGUGCCCAGCUUUCCCAAAUACAAGGAGCAAUAAGCAACGUGGAGGGUCAAGUGCAGCAAAUCAGGGCCGAUACAGAGUGCCAGGACAGAGAAUAUCAGCAGCUCCUAGAUAUCAAGAUCCGCCUGGAGAGUGAGAUUGAAACUUACCGCAGCCUGAUGGAUGGGGAAGAGAGAUCUAGUUCACUAGGGUCUGAAGAUUCAAGAUCCGGGUCUUUGAGAGCUACAGAUGGAAGAUCCAGAGGCUUUGGUUCUUCUGAAUCCCAACCUAGAAAUCCUAGAUCUGCAGAUUCAAGGUCUAGAAGCCAAGAAUCGGCCACUUCUGAGUUCCAGGUCUCCAGAUAUGGAGAGUCAAGAUCUAGAAGUUCCGGAUGUACAGGCACAAGAUCUAGCGUUGGAAAUUCUGAUGACUCAGGAUCAAGAAGUGGAAGCACUGCCAGAGGACAACAAAAGACAAGAGUGAUCAAGACGAUCGUGGAAGACAGAAUUGGUGACCAAGUUAUCUCCACUCAUGUCCAAUCCGUAGAAGAAAAACCAAUACAAUAA